CAGGAAAAAUACUGCAGAUGUGAUGGAGACAGACAGGAAGGUCCCGGGUGAGACAUCUGGACAGCAGAAACAAGACAAGGAGGCUUGAUGGUGUAACAAGAUCCAGUAAAGCGAAAGUGAAAUCGGAAGUGGCAAAAGCUAAAGACAAGUCAUUUAGCAAACUGAACAAGACGUUUAAUAGUAAGAAAGGAGAAAAGGAGUUGAUGAAGGAUGAUGUGCAGAGCUGCAGAGGCAUGAAGAUACAGAGUAGUCGAAUCAUAGUGACAUCUGAUUCUGAUUAUUUUCUUACAUCAUCAUGGAUUUUUUGUUUUGUUUGCCUUACAACAGCACAAAGAGCUGCGCAUGUGAUUUCUGCAAAAUACAGAUAAUCCCUGUGUUGACUCUAAGAUGUGUGGUAUUUGGGCUUUGUUUGGCAGUGAUGAGUGCCUGUCAGUUCAGUGCACCAGUGCCAUGAAGAUUGCUCACAGGGGUCCUGAUGCCUUCCGAUUUGAGAAUGUUAACGGCUUCACUAACUGCUGUUUUGGCUUCCACCGGCUGACGAUUGUUGAUCAGCUUUAUGGCAUGCAGCCUCUGCGCAUCAAGAAGUUUCCUUUCUUGUGGCUCUGUUACAAUGGAGAGAUUUAUAAUCAUCACACGUUGAAGACGCAGUUUGAGUUUGACUACCAGACCAAAAUGGACGGUGAGAUCCUGCUCCACCUGUAUGACCGCUUUGGCAUUCAGAAGAUGGCUGCUCUCCUGGACGGGGUCUUUGCUUUUGUCCUGUUGGACACUGCCAACAGGAAAGUGUUUCUUGGUCGGGAUACAUUUGGGGUCCGCCCUUUGUUCAGACGUCUGACAGAUGAUGGGUUUCUUGCAGUCAGCUCAGAAGCCAAAGGCCUUAUUGCCAUUAUCCAUGCCAAGGACAAACCUGCCAGCAUCACACCAUUUCCCCCUGGGCACUUUGAGGUCUUUGAUUUGAAGCACAAUGGCAAAGUGGAAUCUAUUCAAAGCGAAAAGUUUCACUGCUGCACCCAAGAGCCUGCACAUGCGAUCUACGAUGCAGCAGAGAGCCUCCCAACAGGUUUUGAUGAGGAAAUGGUGAAACGCAACAUUAGAGCUCUGUUUGAGAAUGCUGUCAGGAAACGUCUCAUGGCUCACAGGAGAAUCGGUUGCCUUCUUUCAGGUGGUCUGGACUCCAGCUUGGUUGCUGCUACAUUGGUGAAUCUUGCCAAGGAAGAGAAGCUGCAGUAUCCUAUCCAAACAUUUUCCAUUGGGUCAGAGGACAGCCCAGAUAUCAUUGCUGCUUGCAAGGUUGCAGCUCACAUUGGCAGUGAGCACCAUGAGGUACACUUCACUGCAGAAGAAGGCAUUCAAUCUGUGGAUGAUGUCAUCUUCCACCUGGAAUCCUAUGACACGACCACCAUUCGCGCUUCUGUUGGUGAGUGUUUGAUGACGCAUGGUAGCAGAUGUCAGGACUUUAACUUACACACAAGAAACAUACAUACAGAUUCUCUACUGACUGUUGCUUUUAACACUCUGGGGUCCAUGGACUUGCUGCCGCAUCCAGGUCAUGUACCACUCACCGUUUUAGGUAAUGCCCAAAUGUUGCAUAUCAGAAUGUUCAGACAGAUCUCAGCAUUUUGAAUGGGAGCCAUGUAUUUGUUUAGAAACCUGUAUAAAAUAAAUAAUUUGACUCUGAAGCUGAAAAUAUGAAUUGCAUUUUUAGAAAUU